CCACCAGGGAAGCCCAGAAGCAUGCAUGCCAAAUUGUUAAUUUGGUAAUGUGGCAUCUCAGGUGGUGUUGAUUUCUGUUUCUUUCUUUUUUUUCUGACUUGUGUUUUUUCAGUUACCCAAAAAGAACAUGUGUCACUUUUAUGAUAACUUUUUAAGCUAAAGAUUAAAAAAUUAGAGUUGCCAGUUUUUCUUGAAAUAGUGUAUUAAAAUAAUCUAGGAGUACCCGAUAAGGUUCAGUGAAUAUUUGUGAAGUGGAUGAGAGAAUGGUUGAUUCCAGAGGUUUCUGGAUCUAUAGUAUUGACACUUAUACAUUCACAGUUUUAUCCAGAAGCAAAUCCUAGUUAUCUCAAAAGAAAAAUCAUGCAUUGAAAAAUCUAAGAAAUGGCUUUAACUGAAUGUUGGCUGUGUAAUGGCAAAUCCAGCAGACUCGAGGCCCACUACAGAAGCAGCCAGGCAACAAUGCUAUAUUUCACAGUAAGCAGGAUCUGAAUAAAAGUGUCCUUUGUGCUUGUGAGACUGAGGGGUGGGACUUGGGGCAAUUCAUGUUAUUUCUCUUUAAUGGAAAUUGAGUCAGCCUCUAAUCCUGCUGUCAUGUGACAGCAACUUAUUUGAUUUUUUGGCAGUUUGGGGAGCAGCUGUGGACACAUGAUUUUUCUGCAAAAAGAGCCAGCUGCAUUCUUACCCAUUUGAAAAUGCCUGAGUAUACUAAGCUUCCUAUCCACCAUGUUUCUGACCCAGCGGUACCUUCUCACUCAGGGCACUGUGACAGACACAGGGUUGUAAGCUGUAAUGUGGAGACGACUUUCCUCUUUGACAGUGGAUCUUCAUGGAGGAACACGGAGUGACCCAAACUGAACACAUGGCUACCAUAGAAGCGCAUGCAGUGGCCCAGCAAGUUCAGCAGGUCCAUGUGGCCACCUACACCGAGCACAGCAUGUUGAGUGCCGAUGAAGACUCACCUUCUUCUCCUGAGGACACCUCGUAUGACGAUUCAGACAUACUUAACUCCACAGCGGCUGAUGAGGUAACAGCCCAUCUGGCUGCUGCAGGUCCUGUGGGAAUGGCUGCUGCUGCUGCUGUGGCAACAGGAAAGAAACGGAAACGUCCUCAUGUGUUUGAAUCUAAUCCAUCUAUCCGGAAGAGACAGCAAACACGUUUGCUUAGGAAACUUCGAGCCACACUAGAUGAAUAUACUACUCGAGUGGGACAGCAAGCUAUUGUCCUUUGUAUCUCUCCCUCCAAACCCAACCCUGUCUUUAAAGUGUUCGGUGCAGCUCCUUUGGAGAAUGUGGUGCGUAAGUACAAGAGCAUGAUCCUGGAAGACCUGGAGUCCGCCCUGGCAGAGCACGCCCCUGCGCCACAGGAGGUUAACUCAGAGCUGCCGCCUCUCACUAUCGAUGGAAUUCCAGUCUCUGUAGACAAAAUGACCCAGGCCCAGCUUCGGGCAUUUAUCCCAGAGAUGCUGAAGUACUCUACAGGUCGGGGGAAACCAGGCUGGGGCAAAGAAAGCUGCAAGCCCAUCUGGUGGCCUGAAGAUAUCCCAUGGGCAAACGUUCGGAGUGAUGUGCGCACGGAAGAGCAGAAGCAGAGGGUUUCAUGGACCCAAGCACUACGGACCAUAGUUAAAAACUGUUAUAAACAGCAUGGGCGGGAGGACCUUCUCUAUGCUUUUGAAGAUCAACAAACACAAACACAGGCCACAACCACACACAGUAUAGCCCACCUGGUACCAUCGCAGACCGUAGUCCAGACUUUCAGUAACCCUGAUGGCACUGUCUCGCUUAUCCAGGUUGGUACAGGGGCAACAGUAGCCACAUUGGCUGAUGCUUCAGAAUUGCCGACCACAGUCACUGUUGCCCAAGUGAAUUAUUCGGCGGUUGCUGAUGGAGAGGUGGAACAAAACUGGGCCACGUUACAGGGGGGUGAGAUGACCAUCCAGACAACGCAAGCGUCAGAGGCCACCCAGGCGGUAGCAUCACUGGCAGAGGCCGCAGUGGCAGCUUCUCAGGAGAUGCAACAGGGAGCUACGGUCACCAUGGCACUCAACAGCGAAGCUGCCGCCCAUGCUGUCGCCACCCUGGCCGAGGCCACCUUGCAAGGGGGGGGACAGAUCGUCCUGUCUGGGGAAACCGCAGCAGCUGUCGGAGCACUUACUGGAGUCCAAGAUGCUAAUGGAGUAAUCACCGGUUCUACCCAAUUCUGGAAGACCCCUCGAGGACUGGUCCAGAUCCCUGUGAGCAUGUACCAGACUGUGGUGACCAGCCUCGCCCAGGGCAACGGGCCGGUGCAGGUGGCCAUGGCCCCUGUGACCACCAGGAUAUCGGACAGCGCAGUCACCAUGGACGGCCAGGCUGUGGAGGUGGUGACAUUGGAACAGUGACAUGCAGCCAUGCCAUGGCAUCAUUUUCUAGUCUACUUCAAAAUUUUUUACACGUUUGCAGAGGUGCAAUCAAAUGGAAUUAAGUCUCUCGACUUUGGAAGAAAAGUUUUGUUAACCUUUUUUUUAAAAAGGAAGAAAGGCAGUGGAUUUUGGAAUUGCAUUUUUUAAAAAGCACCACUCUUGAUUUUCUGGGAUUGGUGGAAACAGAUACUGCGUUGUCAACUUCACGGUCCCGAAAAAGCCAAAUUGUGGCAGGACUUCUUUCUGCGGAAACGUGUGUAUACUUCGGUGUGUGUAUGUGUGAGUGUGAAUAUAUGUAUAUGUGUACAUAUGGAUAUACACAUUUACAUAUAUAUAUAAAGUAUAUAUAUAUAUGUGUAUAUAUAUAUAUAUAUAUAUAAAAGAAACCCGCAUGGAAUUAUCUGUAUGAAAUCAAGGUGAGCUGUGGAAAAAUAAUUCACCCAGUUUAGUGGGUGUAGGGUACGUGGCCAGACAGCCACCUGGUUUUGUUCAUACCAGGGUCAUGCGUUGAGCUACUGACAAACUCAGGCAGAGGUGACCACGCCCUUCACCAAAGCUGCCUCCCAGUGGCCACCCAGAACUCUCCCUGCUGGACUCACCUGAGAACGGAGGUUCCGGAUUGGGGUGAGGUCCAGAAACUGUGCUUGCAAGAUCAAGGGGCCACGUGGUCUGGCAGCUGAGACGCUCCUCGGGCUGGCCCAGAUGCUGACCUUGCCACAGGCAAAUGAAAUGUCUUUAAAGCUCCCAGGCAGGACCGAGAGGGUUUUCUUCAGCCUCCCAUCUCCUCCCCUCCCCAGGAAACCUUCUCGAUCUCACGACUGUUAACCCGUCGCUUUGGUUUUAAGGUCAGUCCUCGAUUGGUCAUGUAUAUGAACUGAAGGUGACAGAAGUAUUAAAGGUUUGAGGAGUGUGUGCGUGUGCUUGUGGGUGUGUGCAUUGUGGAGAGAGAAUGAGGGGGUGAGAGGAGUUGGAAGGGGAAAGGAAGGAGGGAGAGAAAAAUCUUUUAAAGACCAGGGUGCACCGAUGGGAGCAACUUUUUCCCUUCCUGUGACUUCCUGUAGCUUAACAGAGGAGACGAGAACUGACAGGGGCUCCUGGCGUGAGAAGGCUGGCCACCAGACUGAGGAGCAUUGGAGAGAAAAGGGCUGAGGGUGCUUCCUAAAGUUGGAGAGAUCAGGCCCGAUCUCAGAAGGGACCUUGCAGCUGUCCCAAGGUGCAUCGUGCUAGGCCCAGGCCCCACAGCUUCCUUCUCAUGGCUGUUAAUUGGUCUGGGUGUUCUUUGUAACAAAAUUCUGUGAUUUCUCAGUCACAAGCCCUGAGUCUCCAGGGGUUAAAUUCACCUGACUUUUUGACAGGCCAAAUCUCUGCUCCUUGAAUACAGGGACGACUCUUCCUCACUCCUCCUGGGCGCCCCCACCCCCACCCCUGCCACUCCCGUGUGUGACUGUGUAUUUAAUGUUUUUUUUUUUUAACGCGACAUUAAAAAGAUUCUUCACAUCUUGCUCAGCCUUUGAGAAAAGUUUCAGAUUCUUGUAUUUGCUUGUUUUAUAUAAAACUAUCCAGUGUUCUUUGUAUUUUUUUUUUUCCUGUACGUAAUGGGGGGAGGGAAGGGAAAUUUACAUAAAACAGUCCUAGUUCUACAAUUUGUUAUUUUUUUAAUUAUCAUUUUUUAUCAUCGUUGUGAAACUGUCCAGGGGCUUUAAAGUCCGUGUUCCUUUGUGGUGAAAUACCCUCCUGAUAGUUUGAGAAAUUGCCAAGAAGAAGAAGAAAAGCAGAACCCCAGUAGCAGAGCAUGGAUUCUGUGUCGUUUUCCAUUCUGUCUAUUACUGCCUCAUUCAAUAAAUAGUUAACAGUGUGGCAACAGGAAGUGGACUGUUCAUCUGUGGAGGAGCACUUAGCCUCUUAGGAGCUCUCUUUGGGGCUGGCUUAUUCCGCUUUGGAAAAGGAAUAGGUGCUUCUAUUCAAGCUCAGUGAUCUUUGAACCGUGUUCCUUGAUGUUGCAGAGCCCUAUAAGGGGAGUGCGGGAGUGGAAGGGGGUGGUUCCUGCCUGUCUUCCCUCACCAGAACGUCUCUGUUGAAUCAGUUUUACAAAAUGCUGUCCAGGGGAGUUAUGGCGGGGGGCAUCUAGUUUAAAAAUUCCUAAAGAUGGUUUGAAAACCUCUUCUCUGGAGUUCCUUUUUUAGGGGUUAAUUGCAUUCCACAUUAAAAUCAGGGUGGGUGGCGGUACUUGUCCAUCUGUGUCCUCCCCACGUGAGUGUUGCUCAGUAUUGCAGUGGAUUUUCCUUCUUGAAGUGGGGGCCCCUGCCUUUGUUCCCUUGAGGCCUCCCUCCUUGGCUUCUCUCGCAGCUCACUACUUUAAAGUGGCAGCUGUCAUUCUUCUACCCGUACCUCCUGCCACACCCCCAGCUUCGGGCCCUUGCUAAACCUCCCAGUGGUUUUGCACUCCCACGCUUGUGCCCACUGCUUUCCUCAGCUCAAAAUGAUGCUCUCCUUGCCACCUCCAUCACCCCUUUCUUUCCUUUUGUUAGGGUUAGGGUCUGUUUCCUGUAAUAAAGAUUACAAUAGUUGAAUGCGGGAGGCCAGACAUGUUUUCCUUGCUGACUGGCAGUGGCUCACUAAAGCCAGGGCCACCCUUCUCCCUUCUUCUUACCCAAAUGGCAUAUCAUCAUCUAUCGUCACCAGAGAGGGUGAGCCAGAGAAAGGGUUGGUGGCAGCCAGAUCAAACAGACAUCAUUGCCAUUGGGCACCCCUGCAACAGAUGGUUGUCUAGAGUACCGCUGUGGGGAUGGUGUCUCUGCAUCGGCAACAGUAAUUCUGUUUGCCUGGCAAGACCCAGACGCUGCCUGUUCAGCAUGUGUUGAAACUCUCUUUGGUGGGGCUGAUGGAAAACUUCACUUCCGUUACUGCCCAAAUCACCAGCAGGCUGCUGACUCAGCUGCCUACAGGGCCCCUGCAGGUGGAAUCAGUGAGUAAAGGGGAAGCCGUUCCAUUGUGAGAGGGGAAGGAGUGAUGGAGAUGGGCACAGUGAAGAGCAUGUCUAAAGAGAGUGGCCUCUCCUGAGUGCUAGUGGACUGUUCCCAUGGAGGAACAUGGGCCCUGCAGUCCUGUCUUUUUAAAUUUUCCAGAGAAACUGAGGAGUCCAGAUUUGUGCAUGAAUCUCCUGAUUUCAACAACAAAUUAAAAGUCUUUUACAUAGUCUGCCGGCAAAAGAAAACCCACCUGUAGACCAGCUCUGGCCCCAGGCAUCAGUUUUACUUUAGUGAAUGCCUACCAUGUGCCAGGUGAAUGAAGCAUAGCAGUUGCCCAAGAAACAGGAUGAGAUGAGAUGUUUUUGUGUGACCAGACUGCGGCAGCCCAGUGUGAUAAGGUGCCAUCUGGACAGAGGGAUGUGGCAGCAGGGGUUCUGUUACCUCAUUUUAUCUGCUCAAGCGUCCUCUGCAAUAAGUAGUUUAUCAUCUAGGCUCCAGACAAGGAUCUGGUGCUCACCGAAACCAAGACCCCAGGCUCGGAAUUCUUGGCUUUAAGUCCUGCAUCUGAGAAGAUCCAUUGGCGAUGCUGGUGACCAGUGGAGCCACCUGAACUGAGAUGAGUGAGCCGAGAACCAGAAGGGCAGGGAAGAGAAGGGGCUGCUCACCCUGUAAGAAGAGCCCCAGCUGCCAGUGAGCCCUGGGCCUCACUCAGACCCAGACAAGGCUCAUUUCCUGCCACUUGUCAUGUCGAAGAGGGCCUGUUUCUGCAUUUACCUUCCUUCCCAUCUGCUGCUGUUCCUCUUCUCUCCUCUAUCAGCACCCCUCCCAGCCCCCUGCAAAGCAUCAGCUGUGGAUGGGGUAACUCUGGGCCUGUGGUAGGUCCUUUUGGUAUCGGGAGGAAUGUCAAAGCGUAUCUGGAGCAGAGGCUUCGUGGGCUGAGGAAGACAAGCCCACAUAUCCCCUUGCACCUCCAUCUCAGUGGGCUGUGGGCCGCCCAGGUCAUCAGGCCAGGCCAGCCUGUGGCCUCCGCACAGCUUGUUCUCAGAUGCCAGCGUCAAGGACACCCAUUAGUGCAUCCCAUCUGGCCUCUGCUGUUUGCUACAGGUUGGCAGCUGUUGGAGAAGAUCCACCCGGGACAGUGGAGACAGCCCAGAGGAAGGAGGAGCACAGAGCGGGGAGAUAACGGCGUUAGGCCUGGACUCUGAAAUAGCUGGAGACACAGAGCAGGGAGAUGACGGCGUUAGGACUGGACUCUGAAAUAGCUGGAGAAUUCUGCUCCCACUGCUGCUGGGCCCCUGAAUGAGUCCCCAACCCACUCUGAAUUUGAGUUUCUCCCUCCUGAAAAACCAGUGGGCUGUUAGUGGAUGUUUGUUGAGUACUGGAGUGUAUUUCUGCAGAGUUGGAGAUGGGGAGGCAAAGGUACCAGGAUAAUACUCAUCUGCAGAGCAGGGCCAGGACCCCCAAAACCCAGUUCUUACCCAGAGCCACCUUGUAAGGCAAGGGCAGGCCUGCGCCCUAGCCCUGUACAAAGGCCUUCCUAGCUCUGGUUUAUGAGAACCAUGGCCUGUCUGCAGUUAAGAGUGUUUAUGUGGUAGCAGUUAGAAUAGUGAGCACUUGUACCGCUCUUACAGUGUGCCUUGUUCUAAGAGAUUUACGUAUACAUUAAGUUAUUUAUUAGUCUUUGCAAAAGUUCUGUUACUAUCCCUACUUUACAGAUGAGCAAACUGAACCACAAAGAGGUUAAGAGGUAGCUUAUUUAAUACUUGGGGAGGGGAGCUAGAAAUAUUCCCCAAACUUAAUGGCGCUUGUCAAUAAAAUUGUUGGUGUUAACUUAA